ACACGCGAUCCUCAGGACAUCCUCAAAGUGUCCUCACGUCCUCGUCCGUACAGUGACGUCCUGAGGAUUUCCACAGGACGUUAGUGUGGGACUUUCCCCAAGUUGUCAUUUCCGUACUUCCUCCGGAUACCCUGAGAGGAUGCGUGAAGGACAAGGAAAUUGUUUUAACCUUUUUUCGUCUCACUCUUGUUGGUUUCAAGAAUGCUGACUUUUAUUUGGUGUGGUGGUUAGUAUUUUGCAUACCAAAUACAAACUGAAGAAGACAAGUGACUUUUAUGUUGUACGCACGGGAAAGCCACUCCGAUCGGCGUACUGAUGGCUCACCUCAAGAAAGAUAUACAUUAUGUCCCUUCUUCACCUGUCACCAAGAGCCUCAGCUGAGGAAAGCAUAUGUACUAAACACAAUGCACGGGAAACACGACUCCCCCAGGAACAAACUACAAGAUGUAAACAGCAUAUGGGUAAGCACAAAUUGCAUUUGCGCCGCCGUUUUCGCAUUCGACUUGACUUGGAACAGGUUCGCGCGAACCAAUAUAUGCAAGUUUAGUUUUCGCAGUUGUAUCACACACCGCAUAUCUUCUGUGACUAUAUACAUAACAAUAUUACAGCUCCGCAAUCCUGUGUGAACGAAACGCCAUGUGCCCGAUACAAGUUUUGCUCCAGAAUACAUAGCAUUUUAGACGAGCUGCAUAAAACGCACUACGCGCCAAGCGCACGACAUGAAGAAUGCAUGUGCACCAAGUUCGAAAGCUCCACCCGCUAGGAAACACACGGGAAAUCGAGAAACAACCAACGUGAACCUACACUGAACACACUACGCACUGACUGCCGCCAUCUUCUUCGCUUGGCUUAACGGCUUGACUUGGACAAGUUAGGUGCAUUGUUGUUUACAAAGGUAAAAGCAGUAAAAGUGUGCGUGCAAGUGACUUGUACUGUCCAGGAAAACAGGAAACGAAAAAUUCACCUUCUUUGCCUUCGCACGUGUAAAAAUGCAAUACGACAAACAUUUUUGUAGGAAGUCGCCAACUUCCGCUUCCGAUCAACGGAUCCCGCGGUAUAACUCGCCAUUUUCUUUUGUUGUGCCGUUGGCGGUUCUCGCUUCGUUCUCGUUUGUGUGCUUCAGUGUGUUUUGUGCGUUCAACGUGCGUCAGAAGCGAUGGAUGACUCACCGGAGGCCCACCCAUUCUUCAUUGUAAAGUUUCCGGAUGAGGAAAACAUGGUUGCCGUUGUGCCAAGUAACUGGAUGGCCGGCGAUGACAGGUGCUACUGGCCACCAUCCAAAGACGAGAAAAAAGCCAGCUUGUAUAUACGCAAACGGAAAACCCCCACGUAUGGCUGGCAGAACUUACCCUGCAUCAAGGUGGCUGAAUAUGAAACAUACAGCGAAGCAAGGGAGAUGCUCCCUCUAGCGGAGAAGACGUCCGAUCUGAAUGCAGAAGACGAAUAUGGGCGGGGCAAGCGAAAGCGGAUUAUCGUGUCGAACAGCGACGACUCCUCUCCACCAGUGUCUCCACUAAUGCGCAAAGCAAAACGGCCUGUCAAGAAUCGUUCUUUCAGCCAGCCAACUGCACACACCCUGGACGAUGACUCCAUCUUUGUAGGUCCGAACAUAGAGCGCUCGUUCCGUCAUUCAGCUUCGGAUUAUGCGCCUUCAGCAACUGAAAGACAUUUCGGCUCAUUCCGUCAUUCGGCUUCGGAUUAUGCGCCUUCAGUGCCAUGGCCUUCAGCAACUGAAAGACAUCUCGAGUCGUUCCAACAUUCAGCUUCGGAUUAUGCACAUUCAGUGCCAUCGGUUUCAGUGCCAUCGCCUUCAGCAACUGAAACACAUCUCGCACUACCAUCAAGAACCAGCUAUUGGCCAGGCAACUGUUAUGAGACAUCAGCACCCUUACUUCAGCGGAACACUCAGCAGACUCGUCAUAACGAAGAAGGGAUCGAACCAAGCAUUACUACAGCUGAGGGACAACAGAAACAGUCAAAGAAGCCUGUCAAUUUGGCAAGCAUACAGCUCAACAGUGCAUUUGAGAAGAAAGUCCUACGUUCCCUCAACUUAAUACAACUCCGCCUCUCAGAGCACUCUGAGCAACUCGAUUCAAUCUCUACAUCUCUGCAGCAGCGAGAGGAGUCUUCAGAAGGGCGUGUGGUCAUACGACAGUUUCCCGACUUGGAAAGUUUUGUCAACUUCAGUGAGGAACUCAAACAGUCACCAGAAAAAAAAGAAAUGUUGCGGAAAUACAUGGCUUCACUGGGAGGCAACAACCUAGGGGACAGAGUUCGAAGAAUUCUUUACCACCUGAUCCCCGAUGAGGUAUCCGUAUGCUUCAACUGGACAGGAACAGGAGGAAAACGCAAAUUCAAGACCCUUGAAUUCACAAAUGUCAUGCUGGGUGUUAUUACCAGCCCUCCUAGCACUUCAACGGCGGCCGAGGUGGAGAAAGUCGUGCAAACCUGGCUUCGACAUGGGCAAGAAAGACUUCAGAAAAAAGCAGCCAAGCUGCCAGUAGACCUUGAGUGAAGGGUCAACCACAAGAAAUCACACAGCCAAGGCAGCCAAGGAUUCAAUGCAACGGCCAUUUCCAUGUGGGUGACUGGUCAUGUUUUCUCCUGCAGGACCCCAUUGGGAAACAGUCACAUUGUGCAUUAAGAC